AUGGAUAAGUAUAAGUUCCCAACCCACCCGACCCCAAGCCCUGGAGCCACCGUCCAAGGUCCAACCUACCGCUUUACCCUCCUUACCGACCGUCUUAUCCGCUAUGAAUGGGCAGAACACGGCCAAUUUGAGGACCGGGCUUCGACCUUCGCUAUUAAUCGUGAAUUUCCAGUCCCCGAGUUCCGCUGGGUCGAUGGGGAGGACCUCGAGAUCAUUACAGAGCAUUUUCACAUGAGCUACACAAAGGAGAAAUUUAGUCCGGAGAGCUUGGGAUUCCAAUUCAAUGGCAAGAGUAUGAAAUACGGGACCCCAUGGCGCUUUGGAACCCCAGUCGAGUUCAACCUUGGGGGCACUGCCAGAACAUUAGAUCAGGUCAACGGCCGCUGCGACAUGGGGCAGGGUGUCUUGUCCAAAGCAGGCUUUGCGGUGAUUGAUGACUCCAAGUCUAUGUUAUUUGACGGAAACGGAUGGGUCGCAGAGAGGCUGCCCGGGGAGCGCUUCGAUGGCUAUCUCUUCUGCUAUGGUCGCGACUACAAAGCUGCUAUCAAGGCAUUCUAUGCUCUUUCGGGUAAACAGCCAAUUUUGCCACGCUAUGUUUUUGGAAACUGGUGGAGCAGAUAUUAUGCAUAUCAUCAGGAUGAAUAUGUUCGGCUGAUGGAUGCCUUCAAUCAACAUAGGAUCCCGCUUUCAGUUGCUGUUGUGGACAUGGACUGGCAUUACGUGUCAGAUGACCGCGUACCCCAUGCUGGUUGGACAGGGUAUACCUGGAAUCCAAGCCUGUUCCCAGAUCCGGGGAGAUUUAGGCGUGAAUUAAAUGAGCGGUCAUUAAAAAUAACCUUGAAUGAUCACCCUCAUUCUGGUGUCUACCCUUAUGAAGACGCAUACGAGGAAAUGUCCCAAUUUCUGGGUCGAGAUCCAGACAAAAAGAACCCUAUUAUGUUUGACCCUGCGAACCCUAAGUUUAUGGAGGCCUAUCUUGGAAUUCUGCACCGAAGGCUUGAGAGGCAGGCGUGCGAUUUCUGGUGGAUUGACUGGCAGCAAGGCCCCUACUCUAAAAUUCCCGGGCUUGACCCCCUGUGGUUGUUAAAUCAUUUUCAGUAUUUGGACAGCGGGCUCGAUGGCAAAACUGCGCUCGUUUUCUCAAGAUUUGCUGGACCAGGAUCCCAUAGAUAUCCCGUGGGGUUCUCCGGAGACACGAUAGUUAGUUGGGCUUCACUUGCUUUCCAGCCGGAGUUCACUGCGACAGCCUCCAAUAUUGGCUAUGGAUGGUGGAGCCACGAUAUUGGGGGUCAUAUUUUUGGUGGACGAGAUGAUGAACUAUUUGCCCGUUGGGUCCAACUGGGUGUCUUCUCGCCGAUUAUGCGACUUCACUCGACAACAUCUCACUGGAUGUCCAAGGAGCCUUGGCUGUAUGGACAAGAAUGUGAUUCAGUUGUCUCCACAUAUAUGAGGUUCAGACACCGAUUAAUCCCUUAUCUGUAUACGCACAAUGUCAUCUCCUCCGUUGAGGACGAGCCAUUAGUGCAACCGCUAUACUGGAGGUAUCCUUAUCACAAGGAGGCAUAUGAGUUUCCAAACCAAUAUUUCUUUGGGCAGAAACUCAUGGUGGCUCCUAUUGUUCAACCUAGAGACCCUCGUACGCAUCUGGCUUCAGUACAAGCUUGGUUACCGCCUGAUAAGCGUUACGUUGAUAUUUUCACUGGCACAGUUUAUGAUGGAGACCGCGAACUCACGUUCUUCCGCCCCCUAGAGGGAUACCCUGUCCUAGCACAUGAAGGGUCAAUUAUUACGCUAGAUGAUGACUGCACCGGUGUGCAGAACGGGUGUUUUAACCCUGAUGUGAUGCAGGUGCUAGUAGUCGUUGGAGCAGAUGGACAAGCCUGUACAGUGGAAGACCCGAGAGACAGCAAAUCUCAGAAGCGAGAUCAGGCUGUAGACCCCGAAGUACGGCAAUAUCAGUUAAAAUAUUCUCAGUCUGAAGGCCGACUGACUGCUGCGGGGGUAAAUGGACAUUGGCGCUUUCUAUUUCUUACCCUGACUUCGAUUCCCCCGGAUUUAAAGGUUUAUAUUGACGGCACUGACCGAACCGAAGAUUCGACCUUCUCAAUUCAGGAGUUCCCACAAACACCAGGACUGCUUGUUUCUUGCCCUGGUGACUAUUCCGUUCAAUACUCUAUUGACAUCGAGCUUGGUCCUAACCCACAGCUUGACGUGCGUGACCAUGGCCCAUAUCUUGAGCGUUUGAUCAUGCAAUAUCAAACAGACUUCGCUGUGAAGGAUCGUCUGUGGAAGGCAAUAAGUGGUCAUAAAUUAAGGCUAACUAGUACGACUAUUACGACAUUGCUGUCUUUCGGAUAUGAUGAAGCAGUUAUAGGGCCUAUUAUUGAGCUGAUAUCAGCCGAUAGUAGGAUAGGUGCCUGCUAAGAUAGAUGUAGAGAACCGGGCCAAAGUCUUGGGUUUUGUUAUGCAUGGCUUAGAGCUAAGGCUAAUAUCCGUGGCUGAAUAUAUCUCAUGGCAAUGCUUUACUUGCUUUCUUUCAUGCAUUAUAACAAGUUUGGUCUAGUUUUCCAACAUAUAUUCUGUUGGAGUGCUGCAAUCAAUGCAAACAGCACUGCUAUUAAGUGAGUAGCAAUACAUGACUACCUAG